CUGAAGCUGCCGGCUCGCCAGAGACACCAUGUACCGGCUUCUGUCUGCCGUGACGGCCAGGGCCGCGACCACCGGGGGCUGCGCCUGGGGCUGUGGGCGGCGUGCGGUUCAUCAGCGCGCCGGGCUGCCGCCACUCGGCCCCGGGUGGGUCGGGGGCCUCGGGCUGGGGCUGGGGCUGGCACUUGGGGUGAAGCUGGCUGGCGGGCUGAGGGGCGCAUCCCCCGCGCCACCUGCCGCGGCCCCGGACCCCGAGGCGCCGCCUCAGGCCGAGCCGCUGCCGUCGCAGGAACAGCCACUCGCCCCGUGGUCUCCGCAGACCCCGGCGCCGCCGCACGCCAGGCACUUCGCCAGAGCCAUCGACAGCAGCCGCGACCUCCUGCACAGGAUCAAGGAUGAGGUGGGCGCACCGGGCAUCGUAGUUGGAGUCUCUGUAGAUGGAAAAGAAGUCUGGUCAGAAGGUUUAGGUUAUGCUGACGUUGAGAACCGUGUACCAUGCAAGCCAGAGACAGUUAUGAGAAUUGCCAGUAUCAGCAAAAGCCUCACCAUGGUUGCUAUUGCCAAACUGUGGGAAGCAGGGAAACUGGAUCUUGAUAUUCCAGUUCAACAUUAUGUUCCUGAAUUCCCAGAAAAAGAAUAUGAAGGUGAAAAGGUGUCUGUUACAACAAGAUUAUUGAUUUCCCACUUAAGUGGAAUUCGUCAUUAUGAAAAGGACAUGAAAAAGGUGAAAGAAGAGAAAGCUUAUAAAGCCUUACAGAUGAUGAAAGGGUUGAUGGAAUCUGACCAAGAAAAAGAGUUAAAAGAAAAAGGAGGCAAAAGCAAUGAAAAGAAUGACUUUGCUAAAGCUAAGGUAGAGCAAGAUAGUGAAACCAAAGGCCGAAAUUCAAAACCUUGCAAGAAAAAGAAUGAUUUUGAACAAGGUGAAUUAUAUUUGAAAGAAAAAUUUGAAAAUUCAAUUGAAUCUCUAAGAUUAUUUAAAAAUGACCCUUUGUUCUUCAAACCUGGUAGUCAGUUUUUGUAUUCAACUUUUGGCUAUACCCUACUGGCAGCCAUAGUAGAAAGAGCUUCAGGAUAUAAAUAUUUGGACUAUAUGCAGAAAAUAUUCCAUGACUUGGAUAUGCUGACAACUGUGCAGGAGGAAAAUGAGCCAGUGAUUUACAAUAGAGCAAGAUUUUAUGUUUACAAUAAAAAGAAACGCCUUGUCAACACACCUUACGUGGAUAACUCCUAUAAAUGGGCUGGUGGUGGAUUUCUGUCUACAGUGGGUGACCUUCUGAAAUUUGGGAAUGCGAUGCUGUAUGGUUACCAAGUCGGGCUGUUUAAGAACUCAAAUGAAAAUCUUUUACCCGGAUAUCUUAAACCAGAAACAAUGCUUAUGAUUUGGACGCCAGUCCCUAAUACAGAGAUGUCUUGGGAUAAAGAGGGUAAAUACGCGAUGGCGUGGGGCGUGGUGGAAAAGAAGCAGACAUAUGGCUCUUGCAGGAAGCAGCGGCACUACGCCUCCCACACCGGGGGCGCAGUGGGUGCAAGUAGUGUCCUGCUGGUCCUUCCUGAAGAACUGGAUGCAGACGCUCUAAAUAACAAGGUCCCCCCAAGAGGAAUAGUUGUUUCUAUCAUAUGUAACAUGCAGUCUGUUGGCCUCAACAACACUGCUUUAAAGAUUGCUCUGGAAUUUGAUAAAGACAGAUCAGACGUACCUUAACAUCACAGGUGCAAAACAAGCUGUUACGGUUUUGUUUUUGUUUGUUGGUUUUUUGUUUUGUUUUGUUUUGAAACAUUGAAGUCCCCAGAUACACACAAUUUUAAAGAAUAAAUUUGUAAUAGAGUAUAACUGAAUGCAGAGAAUUAUGUACCUCUAAUUGCCUACUUUUGUAAUUGUCUUUUAUUGGAGGAUGAGUUCUUUAUACUCAGGGAAGUAACUAUAUUUUUACUUUUUGAAAAAAGUGUUAACUCUUGAAAUAAAAUAUUCUGAUAAAAAUGUA